CACUGAUUUUUCAACUGCGCGCCACCGUUGGUUUGCCUAGUGACAGCCAAUCGUCUCCGUUUCCACCCCCUGAUCACGUGAUCAGCAACAAGCAUGGACGGUGCUCUUCGGUUCGGUGCACUUGCACUGGCUGAUUGGGAGAUUCGAAAAGCUUUGACGGGCAGCUUCCAGGUCAGUUGAGGUUCAGACUUUGUGACCUAUGCGUUGGUCAAAUGUUGUUGGACUAAAAGGUUUCCACUGUAUAUCGGACCGUGAUAUGAUUAUAUAAUUUCUGAAGCUAUUCCAACAAUUGUACUCCAACUACCACCACAAUGCCUUCUAUGUUUCUCAACAAGGUUGUACUCGUGACAGGGGCUAGUUCAGGAAUUGGUGCUGCCACUACAGCUCUGCUAGCUCUUCAAGGUGCCCAUCUGGUAAUCACUGGUAGAAAUGAAGCAAACCUAAAUCAGGUGGCUGAAAAGUGCUACGAAGAAACUUGGAAUCGUCCAAAAACAGUUUUGGGAGAUCUGACUGAUGAAGAGGAUGUGAGACGAAUUUUUCACUCAACUUUAACUUUCUACGGCCGAAUUGACGUUCUGAUUAACAACGCUGGUAUCCUCGAACAGGGCACUAUCGAAAACACUUCAUUGGACCAACUCGAUCGAAUGAUGAAAACGAAUGUCCGUUCAAUGUACCAAUUAACUAUGCUAGCCGUCCCGCAUUUAAUCAGUUCUCGUGGCAAUAUUGUCAACGUUUCCAGCGUCAACGGUAUUCGUCCGUUUACCAAUGUUCUGGCGUAUAACAUGUCUAAAGCUGCCGUCAACCAAUUUACUCAGUGUGUUGCUAUGGAACUUGCCAGCAAACUUGUUCGAGUCAAUGCAGUCAAUCCUGGUGUGAUAAUAACUGAGCUUCAGAAACGUGGUGGAAUGACCACCGACAUCUACAGGAAGUUUAUCCGCCGUUGCCAAGAGACGCAUCCGUUGGGUCGCCCAGGGUUCGCCCAAGAAGUAGCCGAAGCUAUUGCCUUUCUUGCUUCUGACAAAGCAAGUUUCAUCACAGGUGUCACUCUGCCAGUGGACGGAGGGAGACAUGCCCUUUCGCCCCGCUAGACAGGGAAAACAAUUUCCACUUUUUGUUGACUACCUUUCACCACUUGAAAAAUUGUUAUGUAGAUGAUCUAAUCUUCUACACACACAAAAAUCCCCUCCUCCCUUAAUCUCAAUGCAAUUUUACAAUCAUUUUCUUGUUGGAAUUUUUCUAUUGAAGCUCUUAAAAAUGAAAUUAGUUUGAUUGAUAAAUUUUUGUUUCGGCUUUUUUCAUCAUCAGGUAUAAGCCGUUGCCCUCUGACUUUCUUUUCAACAGGAGAGAGAAACCAGGAUAUGUGUCAUACAAUUUAGAAUUCAAAAAAAAGAAGAAGAAGAAGAGAAAACUUUCCCUUUCUCCUUUUUUCUACGCUCCGGGCGUUUAUUCUUUGUGUUUUUUCAUCACUUUUACGGCUGGUCAUCGUUAAACGUUUUGAAAGUUCCCGCUUAAACUCUCCAUUUCAUUUUGCAGUCAACCGGACCUGUUUUAUCCCAACAGAUUGAAGGAGAGAAUUGGAUUUCGUCCAUUAAUUAGGUAAUCAGUUCAAGGUUCUGCGAGUGACAUUUUCGCAACACAGCCGAGAGUCUGGAUAACCCGAUAGUGACCUCGUCCUUUUAACCCCCCUUGGCUUCAUUUGGUAUCUGUCAGACGUGAAGCAGUAGCUGCAGCUUACCGAUUUCCUUUUCAAGAGAAUGGCGUUUUAUUCUUGUAACUCUACACACCUAAAAAAAUUGGGAUAUUUUGAUAUGUGCAGUUGCCAAAUGAUGGCCGGUCCCACUUUUCUUAGUUGCAGUUUAAGACAUACAAAGAAAAAAAGAGAAGAAAGUGAAAGCUGAGGCUGACGAAGACUAUUGGCAAGAUCUAAACUCUCUCGGAGCUGCAACGGGAGGUAGUAGGUGGCGCAUAAAAGAAGCAAAUGGUUAGUUCGGCCUGAUCAGUUGUGUCUUAGGAGCUUCACAGUUCACAGAGAAACGCUUGCGAAAUGCCCAACUUGUGUGUUUGGUACCUGAUUUUGGUGGUGUCGGCCGGUUUGAUCUCACCGAUUCUCUCGGUUCCAUUGCCAGCUGAUCCCGCUCCUGAAAAAGCUGCAGCAGCUCCUGCCGUCGAUACGAAAUCUGCACCGGGCGUGGCCACCACCAGAACUCACCACAAGAAACACGGAUUCGGUGGGCUUUUUGGCGGAGGUCUCGGCUACGGUGCUGGUCUUGGGUAUCCCGGAAUAGGUUACGGAUUUGGCAUCCCUAGCUAUGGUUACGGUCUCCCAUUGGCUACAUACCCACCUCUGUACGGUGGCUUCGGGUACCCCAGUUUGGGCGGCUACGGCUAUGGACUUGGUGGACUAGGUGGAUAUGGUGGACUAGGAGGAUACGGUGGAUAUGGUGGGUUCGGUUAUCCGGGUUUCGGCGGCUUCGGCUAUUAAAAUGAAUCCCAUUGUGGGGAUUUUAACAAAUGUAUUUAUUUAAAAGUGAAAUGUUUCUCACUGUGGUCAUCUGCGUUCGCUGUCAUUUGAAAUGAAAAGUAAAUUAUUUCAGAGAUGCCGGAUUGAUCCUAUAAGCUCCAACCUGAUAUGUAACGCGUCCAAUAACAGAGUCUCUUACAAAAUGACCAAUCAUUUUCACUCUCCGCCUCAUUCAAAAUUAGUCCUAUCCCAUUUGACCCACUUUUGUGCAUAUACUCGUGUGUCUUAUUUGUCUCUCACCUGUUGUAAAAGAAAAACAAGAGUCUGUACUUUACACUGGCAUCAGUGCUCUCA